CGCAUAGGUAUUUACCAUUUUCAAAACAUCAACUGUAUUUAGACAUCUAAAAAGAUGGUUUCCACCAAACUUGAGGUGUGAGCAGGGUUUCAGCAAGCGCUGGGCGUAACCAUGAAACAAGAUUUUACAGUUUCUUCUAAAUGACCCCACGCGAAACAGCUCAUACAAUGCAUGUCUCCGCAGUUAUCCACAGCGUACACCCCAGAGAUGCCGACCGGCAUCUGUAGUAGCUGCAACUGACUUCAAACAUGCCGCCCCUAAAGACGAAAGCCGCAGACGAAACCAGGAGCCCAGCCGCUCGGCGCUCUGCCUUUUUUUUUUUUUUUUUCGAUGAUGACGUCAUGCUAAGCAGCGUCAUCUGAAGCGCCGUAGUCGGUGAAGGCCGGCGCGCAUGCGCGAGCUGGAGCCACGCGUCUGGCGCCGCUUCUCCCUCCCUCGGAGCCGGGGAUCACCCUACCCAGCGUCUGUGCGAGCGAGAAAUGUAAAACGCGCCCUUGUGUCGGCGUCUUUUUAUAACGUGUUCUUUUUCGCCCGACUCGAAACGUGCUUCGACCAGACGGAGAGCAGCGUUGCCUCUCCGUCGUUUCUCGGACGUGCAUUUCGUUUGACCGCCUGCGAGAACGCCUGCAGGUAUAGAAGCAGAGGUGAAAGAAGCCGGACCAUGGCGAAUUGCCCCAUCGUGACGUUGGCUGACGGCAAUAAGAUUCCGGCGCUCGGCCUUGGAACCUGGAAGUCGGCUCCCUCCCAAGUCUAUGAGGCCGUGAAGGAGGCUAUCCGCAUCGGCUACCGGCACAUUGACUGCGCGCUCGUCUACCUCAAUGAGCCGGAAGUGGGACGGGCCAUUGCGCACGCCAUCAAGGAAGGCCUUAUCACCAGGGAAGAGCUCUUCAUCACCAGCAAGUGCUGGAACUCGUUUCAUAGUAAACAAAAAGUUGUGGAGUGCUGCAACAGGAGUUUGCAGGCGCUAGGAGUUGAUUAUAUCGACCUCUACUUGAUUCACUGGCCUCAAGCGUACAAGGAGGGUGGAGACCUGUUCCCAAAAGACCAAAAUGGCGACAUCCAGCUGGCCGACAUUGAUUACCUGGAGACCUGGGAGGGCAUGGAAGAAUGCAAGAGGAACGGCUUGGUGCGCUCCAUCGGCGUGUCCAACUUCAACUCGGAACAAAUAACUCGCCUCGUCAAGUCGUGCCAGAUAAAGCCAGUGAUUAACCAGGCAAGUUUAUGGUUAAAAUGUGAUAGCACAAGAGCGAAAAAGAAAAAAAGCUUUUGUUGGCGUUUGCCAGUCUGAGGCACUGAUACAGAAAAGACGUCGAAACUGCAUACUGAAGAUUUCACACCCUUCAGAAACACUAUAGGUUUCGUUUUAAUGCUUUUUUGUGAUGAUCCAUCACCGAAGCCACCUGCACGAUCUCACCGAUGGCCCUGUCAUACGGUCGCG